AUGUCUUCACUUUUAGUUGGCAAACCGCACAAGUGCAACUAUUGCGGGCGGAGCUACAAGCAGCGCACCUCACUGGAAGAACAUAAAGAGCGUUGCCAUAGCUACCUGCAAGGAAUUAGCUUGGACCCUGGCGUUCACACCGCUCCAUAUACAGGUGAAGUUCCUACAGAGGCUAGGCUCAUGGCCGAGUCCAACGCCAUGGCCAGUUUUGACAGACCUCCUGUGAUAGAACGACUCCACACUAACGUGGCUAAAAGGAAGAGCACCACGCCUCAGAAGUUUGUUGGCGAGAAUCUGAUGCGCUACACUUUCCCUGAUAUGGGCUACGACAUGGGGCUGAAGUUUGACAAGCAGGCUGAGCUACUGCACUCGCACAUGAUGGAGCCCCCCCUCAGCUCGGCCCUGUCGUACCUGGGAGCUGACAGUCUGCGGCCCCUCAUGCACCACCCCAACCCCCAUGGCGUAUCGAUGGUGGACGUGGUGCCGAUGAUGAACCCCAUGUUUCGAGUGCUGCCCAUGGGACGGAGUGAGCGUCCUGGGAACUGUGAGCCCCUACCUCCACCCCCUCCCUCAGAGUUCCCGUCUCAUCCCACCCCCAAUGGCCCCUUGAACAGGCUCAGCAAGCCGCCCCAGGGCAAAGACUCACCCAACGUCAGCGGAGAAGAGACGGUGGACUCAGCUCGCAGCAGUCCCCAGGAGCGACAUGCACAUCCAGAGAGAGAGCGUCCGCCCAGUGGCAGGUCCCAGCCCAGCCCUGCCUUUGCCCUGGGGGAGCGGGGGGUGGAGGGGUCCCCCAGAGCGGUAAGAGCACCAGGGAUCCUGAGGAUGGCCACAGAACACUCCUCUCACCAGGACGGCAUCCGUGUGUUUGGGCAAGAAGGAGAGAUGCGAGCGUUUCAGUGCAGCCACUGCAGGGUGCUGUUCCUGGAUCAUGUCAUGUACACGAUCCACAUGGGCUGUCACGGAUACAGAGAUCCUCUGGAGUGCAACAUCUGUGGGCACCGCAGCAAAGACCGCUAUGAGUUUUCCUCUCACAUCGUGCGGGGCGAGCACACGUUCCACUGA